GCCUCCUCCACUCUCCAGCCACUAGUCUGGCUUUGUUUACGAAUCGGUGCGGCCGUCUCCGUCCCUUGUAAAAACGCCCACGCGUUUCAGAUUUAUAAAUAAAACUGCAUCUGACGACAUCCUGUAGUGUUGUUUACAAAAGAAAGAACAUGCCCACAAUUGAAUUUUGGCUUAAAAUAAAAAAAAUAUACAUUAACAUUUUUGGAAGGCAAAGUUAGUGACAAAUUUCAAAAAAGUUAAUAAUGUUUCGGCUUUCGUUAACUUGAACGAAAAUAAACUAAACGAACGGUAAGCUAGUCGUGCGUUCGAAAAUAAACAAAUAAACCAGAGACCGCGCUUCGCGAGUGAAUUAUGGCGAUCUUCUGAAUUCCGCAUCCAAUAAUGGAUUGGCGCGAAAAACUUUUCGGUAAAGUGCUCGUGAAAUGCGAAUCAGUGUCACAGGGCGGCCAAUAUGACAACGUGCCGACAGUAGAAGCUUUGAAUGAUUGUGUGGAGGAUGGCGAAGGUGCUGUGUGCGGUAUUUACUUUUCUUUCGCGAACAUUAGCGAUAAUAGUGACGAUUUUGGUCUGCGUUUAGAGGAGAUUCAUAGACGAGUACACCCGCGGCUGCAAGUUGUUCAAGUUGUGUUGUGGGCUCAUGUCGGUACACCUGAAGGUCCGGUGGAGAGAGAGGCUGGUUUCUACAAGAGUCUGAUGGGAAAGCCGUGGUUUGCUGUGCCCUAUCAUGAUGUGGACAUAAAGCGCCGUCUGACCCAAAAAUACAGCAUAGCAGUAGGAGUACCCACUCUAGUCAUACGCGGGAGACCAGUAAGAGACGCUCUGUUGGAAGAUCCGCUGGGCGAAAGGUUUCCAUGGCCUGCUCCACCUUUAACGGAAGUCCUCAGAGGAAUUCAGCUUCAAGGUGAAGGGGAGACGAAGCUGUACGAGGAUCUGCCUGGAGAUGCCUUGAGAGUAUUCUAUUUUGCUGCUCAUUGGUGUCCCCCAUGUCGGACGUUCGCUCCGAGCCUCUGCGCGGCGCUGUCAGCAGUACGCAAGCGGCGUGCGAAAUACGCCAACACGCAGCUCAUAAUCGUAUCUAGUGACAGGUAA